UGCAGAUUACCCCAAAGACUACUUCUUCUCCAUCACUAACCAUGGGAUCAAUCGCUUGGUCGAGGAAGAUGGUCUAGCUGCGAGCCUCAUUCGCCCGAGACGAUAUGGUCCGGCUGAUCGUGCCCCAGAGCCAGCGUCUUUUCCGUCACCAAGUCGAGUGGGUCCUGUGGCUCAGUCUGAUCCCUCUCCGGUACAAGCGAAAGAUGUCAAUGACAUCGACAUGGAUGCCUUGACGACUGCUCUAGACAGCAGUUUGCAGUUCCAUCCACGAGGUAUCCGCAAAAAAGCCCAUGAGAGGAUGCAACAUUGACUGGACGCCUUUGUGUGGCGAUUUCGAAACGGAGUUUUGGGAUCGGCAUGGACAAAGGUGGCUGACUCCGACGUGGAUCCCUGGUCGAGACAGGCCAAGCACCCAUUCGGCUCUCAUUGCACACCCAUACCAUGUCUUUGAUACUUUUCGAAGGCACGGUCGCACAAGUGCCCGCCUCAGCCUCGGCUCCGUUCGGAUCCGGAUCCACAAUCUUGACACCGAACAAUCGAAUCCAGCUCUCCUCCCUGCAGCUUCACCAAAGUGGUGAUGUAGAGCGUCUUUACGAUGAAGAGGUGACAACCUUGCAAGACGCCAUCGGAUCUCAGUCGUUCGCCCGGGAGGCCUGGCCUGAAGGGGUCAUACUUGACUCUGCACGAAUUGGUGGCGAUCCAGCAUUUUUCCUCUUUCGUCGCGAACCUGAAGACAUCACGACAGGCACAGGCGAAUUGACCGAGUCCGGCGAACAGUGCAAAUCGACUUCAGGCUCUUUCGAACGCUGGGGUACGGUCAAUGACUGGCAGGAUGAACAGGAGGAGGACGAUGUUGUGGCUGAAUCUCCGGGUCACGAGACCGUUUCCAGUCAGGAGUCAGUCGAGAUCGUCAUGAGCUGGUUAGCGGAUGGCUCCGAAGCCAGAGAGAUUCGAGGCAAGCUGCAGUAUGAGUCAACAGACUGUAGUGCGCUCGUUCUACCCUCAGAAGGCCUUCUGGCGCGAGACAGUGUUCAUUCCUUCAAGACCUUGAGCAUCAAGAAAGUGGGCAUUUUUCCCUCAGAGCGACCAAGCCAUGAGCCUUACCAAGCUCUCAUCGCUAUCAUUUACGAGCCUAAGUACGAUCAUUUUGUAUCUGUUUUGGGUGCUGGUCUGCCGAGCCCGGAGACAGAUACGCAGGAUCGAUGAUUGACGCUAGGUAGACACGAUGCACAGAUACGAAUUCAGUUCACGUAUGGCCAGCUAGUC